AUGCCUCCCAAAGCCGCCGCAGAGAAGAAGCCCGCCUCCAAGGCACCUGCUUCCAAGGCUCCCGCUGAGAAGAAGGAAGCUGGCAAGAAGACCGCCGCGACUGGUGACAAGAAGAAGCGCACCAAGACGCGCAAGGAGACCUACUCUUCCUACAUCUACAAAGUCCUCAAGCAAGUUCACCCAGACACUGGUAUCUCCAACCGCGCCAUGUCCAUCUUGAACUCCUUCGUCAAUGACAUCUUCGAGCGCGUCGCCACCGAAGCCUCCAAGCUUGCCGCAUAUAACAAGAAGUCCACCAUCUCAUCCCGAGAGAUUCAAACCUCUGUCCGACUCAUCCUCCCCGGCGAACUUGCCAAGCACGCUGUCUCGGAAGGUACCAAGGCUGUCACCAAGUACUCUUCGUCAACGAAAUAGAUGCUUUUCUCUCUGGGUUUUUAUGGGAUAUCUGAUCUG